GUGUAUUGUCAUUGUCAAUUCGCAAAGUUCGUAGCACGUAGAAACAUCUGUUCAAUAACGCUGUUUUUAAAUAAUUAUAUAAAAUGUUGGAUCUGUUCAGCAUCUUCAGUAAAGGAGGAAUAGUGCUAUGGUGUUUUCAGGGCACGAGUGAAAUAUUUUCACCGUCGGUGAAUGCGCUGAUACGCAGCGUUAUAUUGCAAGAGCGUUCAGGCAACACAACAUUCAACCACAAUUCUCUAACGCUCCAAUACAAACUCGACAAUGAGUUUGAGCUGGUGUUCGUCGUUGCGUACCAGCGGAUCCUGCAGCUCUCCUACGUGGACAAGUUCCUCAACGAUGUUCACCUGGAGUUCAGGGAUAAGUAUAAGAAUGAGCUGCAAGGCGGGCAGCAUAUGGGGGACUUUGAUUUUAAGGCGUGCUUUGAUGCGGUGUUGAAGGGAUGCGAACAGUGGGCCAAGUCUCAAGCUAAGAUUCCUAAGCAAAUGAGGACGUUUGAGGAUUCUCAGAAGUCAAAGAAGACUGUUGCCUCUAUGAUCGAGAGGAAAGGGGAGGAGAAGGGGAAGAAAUCAGUUAAGAUAGUAGAGGCCAAGUUGACGAACGGCAAGCCGGAGGAACCGGAGGAGGAUGCCAGUGACGUGUUGGCCGCCCGCGCCAAGCUGGCGCAGAAGCUCAGCAAGAGCAAGAAGGAGGUCAAGAAAUCUCCGAAGAGCCCUAAAGUGGAGAAGGACCGCACGAAGAAACCCCGCGUCUGGGAGCUAGGAGGUGGAGCUAGGGACCUUCCAGAGCUUGACUUCAGCACAGACAAGCCUGAAGACUCCAAUAUUAUUGCCGACACUCACUUGGUGGGCAGAAUGACCGGCGCCAUUCGUGACCUGGAGGUGGAAUCCGACGAAAGCAGCAGCGAGGAGGAGCUGGAGCACACCGCGCCCAGCCCCAAGAAGACCGGCGGCAUGUUCAGCAUCUUCAAAGGUCUGGUGGGUUCCAAGGCCCUGUCAGCGGAGGCGAUGCAACCAGUUUUGGAGAAGAUGCGCGACCAUCUCAUAGCGAAGAACGUGGCGGCCGACAUCGCCAACAAGCUCUGCGAGUCCGUAGCCAAUAAGCUGGAGGGCAAGGUCCUAGGCACCUUCGACAGCGUAGCCAAGACCAUAAAAGCGACCCUAACAGAGUCGCUGGUCCAGAUCCUGUCGCCCAGACGCCGCGUGGACAUCUUACGAGAUGCCAUGCAUGCCAAGCAGGAGGGCCGGCCAUACGUCAUGGCCUUCUGUGGGGUGAACGGCGUGGGCAAGUCCACCAACCUGGCCAAGAUCUGCUUCUGGCUGAUCGAGAACGGCAUGUCGGUGCUGAUCGCGGCGUGCGACACGUUCCGCGCCGGCGCCGUGGAGCAGCUGCGCACGCACGCGCGCCGCCUCAACGCGCUGCACCCGCCCGCGGAGCGCGCCCGGCCCGUGGUGCAGCUCUACGAGAAGGGCUAUGGUAAAGACGCCGCCGGUAUAGCCAUGGAGGCGAUCCGCUACGCGGCGGACUGCAAGGUCGACGUCGUGCUCAUCGACACGGCCGGCCGCAUGCAGGACAACGAGCCGCUCAUGCGCGCCUUGGCCAAGCUCAUCAAGGUGAACUCGCCCGACCUGGUGCUGUUCGUGGGCGAGGCGCUGGUGGGCAACGAGGCCGUGGACCAGCUCGUGAAGUUCAACCAGGCGCUCGCCGACCACAGCGCCACCGCCCACCCGCACACUAUUGAUGGGAUCGUGCUCACCAAGUUCGACACUAUUGAUGAUAAGGUCGGCGCAGCGAUAUCGAUGACGUACAUCACGGGGCAGCCCAUCGUGUUCGUGGGCACCGGCCAGACCUACACGGACCUCAAGGCGCUGCACGCGCCCGCCGUCGUGCGCGCGCUCAUGAAGUAGCCGGCUACACUAUGUGGUACAGCUGUCGGCGUACCCGACCUGUUACCAAAGAGAAUUUGAAAUAGAGGUGUAUUGUCAAAGAAAACGUUGUAGCCACAGUAAAUUUACUGCCAUAUUUCGACACGUGAUUGAAACUUUUAGAACGCCAUUCGACUUUGGUUAUGCUGCUAUUUGGUUAGUCGUAUCAAAAAGUGGCGCCAUCUAAUAAAUCAAAAGCCAAAGUUAUGGAAUCGUUUCGAGCGAUGGCGCCACAACCUUUCGCUGAUGCCCGGUGAGAUGGCGCCACUUUUUGAUAUUUAACAAAUUUAACACAUAUCAGUGAAAGAAUAAGGAUUAAAGUCAAAUGGCGUUCUAAAAGUUUUCGACGACUGUCGAAUUCGAAAAAUCGAAUUUCGACGACCGGUCUGGCCUAGUGGGUAGUGACCCUGCCUACGAAGCUGAUGGUCCCGGGUUCAAUUCCUGGUAAGGGCAUGUAUUCGUGUGUUGAGCAUGGAUAUUUGUUCCUGAGUCAUGGGUGUUUUCUAUGUAUUUAAGUAUUUAUAAAUAUUUAUAUAUUAUAUAUAUCGUUGUCUAAGUACCCUCAACACAAGCCUUAUUGAGCUUACUGUGGGACUUAGUCAAUUUGUGUAAUGAUACUGUGGGAUUUAGUCAAUUUUUGUAAUGAUGUCCUAUAAUAUUUAUUUGAAAAGUUUUAAUCAUGUGUCGAGAGAUGGCAGGUUACGUGGCUACAAAGUUUACUUUCAACUUUGACAGUACACCUCUAUUUCAAAUUCUCUUUGUUUAUUACCUAAACCUAUUGUACACUUAAUAUGUCACAAUUAAAAAACAACUAUAGUUAAUUUUUGGAGCAUUAAAAAGAAGGUAAGUGAUGUUGACGUGUAUUUAUAUUAAAUAUCACUUUUGAAAAAUAACUCGCAGCAAAUAUGUGACAAUCAUGAAUCAUAUACGAUCUUCUGCUUUCAUAAAUAAUAUAAACUAUUUUUUUAAGCGUUUUCAAUAAAAAUACCCGUUGUUUACCUUUUUCUAAUGCUGAAAAACGAACUAUAUAAAAUACGAAAUAUAAUAACGUGAAACUCAAGAUAUAAUGCGUAAAUAAUAAGGGUGUAUUUUGAACAAACACCAAUUCCUGAUAUCAUGUUUGUUAACAAAAAUUAACAUAAUAAAUACAACAAUUGACUUCCCGUAUACUUGCUUAACAUUGCCUACCAUGCCAAACAUUGUGUUUAGAAAACAGUUAUUUUCUACUAAACGUCUGUAUAUGGGCGUCCGCUAGCGGGCGCGGGUGCACGGAGCGGGCGCGCGCACGCGGGUGCCAUUAUAGGUAAAAUGCUUAAUAAUAAUGUUAAAUUUUCUUUAUUCAGAUAACUUAACAGUUAGCAACGCUCACACUAUGUUACAAGCUUUUAUUUAACUUGCCCUGUUAGUAUGUAUGUUUGUGUUGGUCAAAUCUUGAAAGCUUAAUUUUACCCACUUCCCGGUUUCAGAUUCAGCUAAAAUUUUCUAUACAUAUGUAAGUCGGGUGACAAUGCAAUAUUUUGGUACGGUCGCGUCUGAAAAUAUCGAUACAAAAAAGUGCCAAAUAUAUGCAUACAUACACGACUUUAUUGCCCGUAUAUUAAGGUAGUGUAUACAUAUUUUUGGCACAUUUUUCGUUAUUUUUUCGUACCGAUAUUUUCAGACGUGACUACCAUAGAGUUGAUCUGAUGAUGGAGACAGGUGGCCGUGGGAACUCUGUGAUAAAACAACAAAUCCGAAUUGUAUUUGAGGUCUUUAGAACUGUCUCGAUGAGUUACUUUCUAUUGAAUACAAAAAAAAACAUACUUUUAUAGUUUUUAUAGUCCUAUAGAAAGAAAAGUACAGUCAGCGAUAAAAUGAAAUUUUUGCCAAAAACUUAUUUCGUUAAUCCGCUCACCUGCUCCGUGUGAAACAAAACUCACCACUUGAUUUGCUAUGAUUAUUUAUUUCUCCAACUUUAACUUAUCCACAGUAAUGCCUUCUUAAAAUCUACACUUCACAAUCCCUCAACAACCACGUCAGUCGACCGUUAACUUCGUUCUCCAUUCCAACCCAGACGUUUUUUUACGUUAUUCAUUAGUACCCUCCUUUGUUUUUUUAUUAUUUUUCGAGCAAAGAGAAGGGAGCACGAUACCAAUAUUACCAGAUUAACCUUAAUAAUCACCCAAAUCAUUAAAUUAAUAUUUUAAAAUCAUGACACGUGCAACCGCGCCAUCUAGCGGGCGCCCUUUACCGAAUUCCUAAUAAUGGGCGCUAUUCUUCGAUCAGUGAACGGCACAGUUUGGCACGGCAGGCAAUCUUGAAAAACUUUACUGUUUGCACUUUUGCUUUUAAGGACCAUCGUGUAUUUACCUCAAAGUAUAUCUAUGUCUUAUAUCUUGUUAUGUAUAAUAAUGAGACCACUAUUAUGUAUUUUAUGUAUUUUUAGUAAUUAUGAAUUACGCCAUGGUAAAGGUUUUAAUUAUUUUAAGAAGUUGAAAUAAAAUAAUUAUGUUUAUCGAAAUGAAAUGUUUAUUUUCUUAUGAUUUUUUUCGGGUUGCCUUUAAGGUAUAAUGUUGUAUGAAAACAUUUUUUUUUAAUGUCAUAUAAGUUAUGUGUAUUGUACCUAUCUAUCCAACAUAAAGUUAUUAUGGUCGCGAUUAUAAUCGAUUAUAAUAAUAGCGAUUAUUAUAAUGUGAACGACACCCAACUUGUCAGUAGAAAAAUGCGCGAAAUUCAAAUUUUCUAUGGAAAUUCAACUCUGCGCCUACUUUAAAUUUGUCGCUUUUUCUAUUGACAAAAUAUAUCUAUAUAUUUUCUUGUUUUUCGUACGUUUGUGGCAAACAUUCAUACGACCCACCGUUGGUAAGCGAUUAUCAUAGCCUACGAACGUUUGAAAUAACAGGGCUGUUAUAUUUAAAACGCAUCAAAAAAUGCAUACAUUUUAUAAUCGUAACUGUAGGUACAGUCAGCGGCAGAAACCUACUCUUAUUUUCUUAAAAAUAAUGUUUUGUUCAGUUCAUUUUGGACACCUCGUCCGCUUAGUAAUUUUUACUACUUACUGUAGGUACCUACUAUGAUAAUGAUUUUUCAAAUUUAAAUCAUGUUUAUGAAAUAUCUGUCUAUUGGAAACAUACUUAUAAUAAUAGAAUGUCACUUAACCCUUUGAACGCUUUAUAUCAUAAACACAAACAUCACUCAAACGCCAAGGUCCCGGGCGCAAGCGAGCUAAUGUAAACACUCGGAAGUGUGAAGGUUACUUUGACAGCGUCCGCUAUAACGUCUAUAGUUGUCCUUGGCGCUGCGGGCACGAUUAGUAACGACGACGUUAGGUGUUCUUGGCGUUCAAAAGGUUAAAUCAAUGCUAAAGUACAGUCAGUCCCAUAAUAUUUAAUGUUUUACCAAUAUUGCCUUUGCAUACAUUGAAGACGCGAAAUAUAUUUAUUAAUAAUUAUUAUUUCUUAUUUUUAAUACACAGAUUUGAUCUGUUGAAAGCAUGUUCAGAGAUAAUGUCAAUUUGUAAUAAUUGUAUGGAAAUGACCCCAGAAUAAUAGCUUUGCGAUCCUAACGAAAUAACGGUACUUUUUCUAUGCAAUUCCAUUUCGGGAGAAAACGGUUUCCACUGGCUAAUUCUUAACAAUAUAUUCUAGGUUUAUAGGUUUCGCUUAAUUUUUUUUGUAUUGCAAAUUUUGAAACAGGGAAAAUCUAUAAACCUAGUUUUUCUUUGUGUCAAUAACAAACUAAAAAACCACGGAGAAUGAAAAAUAUUAAGAAGUGGAAAGAAAAACAUUUUCUCUUUUUGUUUAGACGAGUAUGUAGUAUCUUAUACAAAAUAUUGGGUAUUUUAUCCCAUACUCUGUAUCUUUAGGUAUUUAAAUAAAAGUAAACAAAAUCUACCCUCAAAUGGCUCCUUAAGCCAGUUGAGGGUAGAUGAAAACAUUACAUGAUCAAAUAAUGUAGGUUAAAGUCAGGACGUUCAGUGACAGAUCCAGGCGGUUUUGUAUUUGGUUAACCAAUAAAUGUUAUAACUACCCGAAAAUUUACAAAUUGUUUGUUUACUUUUAUUUAUAUAAGUACUGUUUACUUUAAGAUACAGAGUUAUUCUUAGACAAAAUACGUACGUGUCAAAUACCGGUUUUUAUAAAUAUCUUAAAUGCAGGUUUUCGUUCCGAUAAAAUAGUGAAAUAAAUCAGUCAAAUAAAAUUCAGUUCAGUUCGGGCAAAUAAAUGAAUUGAAUUGAAUUAAUUAGUAAUUUGUCAGUGCCUUGCCCCGCGGCAUCGGAGUGGCUUGUAAGCUAGACCCCCAACACUGCCCGAAGCCUAUUGGCUUAGUUUGUAUCAAAGAUAAUUUAAAAUAGAUGUGGAUUGUCAAAGAAAAAUUUGUAGCCACAAUAAAUUUACUGCCAUCUUUCGACACAUGAUUAAAAAUUUUAGAACGCCACUUUUAUAAAUUUUAAAUUUGUUAAAUAUUAUAAAGUGGCGCCAUCUUACCGGGCAUCGGCUAAAGGUUAAGGUACAUUUGGCCUUUGAUCUAUUAGAUGGCGCCACUUUUUGAUAUUUAACCAAUUUAACACAUAUCAGUGAAAUAAUAAGGAUCAAAGUCAAAUGGCGUCUAAAAGUUUUAAUCAUGUGUCGAGAGAUGGCAGUAAAUUUACUGUGGCUACAAAGUUUAAGAUAUAUGUACCUAAUUUAAUAAGCAAUGUCACUUUUUACUAUGGCACCUAUUCUGCUCACACUACUUAUUUCAUCUUCAAUCUCAUGGAACUUGGCAUUGCUGUAUGAUAAAACAUCUAUCCAGUCUGUACUCAUCGCGUCUUUCAAGAAAUUACGUUCAUUCCUAUUGUCUUUUAUUCGGAAUUUUAUCAAUAUUGAUCCUAUGAAGUAUAAAUAAAGUUACAUUUUUUAUAAA